UCCAACGUUUUUUGGGGUUUUUUUUUUGUUAUUGUUAUUGUAUUUUUUAACAAAAAAAUAAUAAAAAUAAAUAAAUAUAUAUAUACAGUAACUAUUAUUUGGGUAGGAUGAAGCAGAAAGUAAAAUUAGGUUCAAUAUUUAGGACACACCGAGGUUUUAAACACAGAUGUCACUGUUGCUAAGAGAAUUUUAGCUAACGAUGCUAACGGAAUAUUAACUCCAGUUAAUUAUGGAAGAAGUAGAAAAGAGCUGCAGCUUCAAUGUAGGAGGGUGUGUUUUCUCCAUACAUCUGAACAGACUGAACUACUUUAAGGACUCUUUACUGCUGAAAUCAGUAAGAGGACAUGGGGACAAUUCUACACUGUUUAUUGAUAGAGAUGCUUCUGCCUUUAGACAUGUUUACAAUUACAUAAACACAGGAAAUCUGACUUCAUCGUGUGUAUUGGAAAUGAACAUAUUACAUGAACUCGCAACAGGUCUUCAUCUUACAGCACUGCAACAGGGAUUAGAAAAUCUCCUCCAGCUCACUGACUGCAUUUGUGCCUCUGACGUUAUAACAGACACUGAACGCUCGGUUUAUAAGGUCAUGCCACAAGGAUUGGUGUCUGCACCUCUUGUGGACAGUACUGAAGAAGUGCUGUACUGCUUUGUUCUUCUGGAACAUGCGUACCUGCAUCCGGGCCUGAUCAACCACGACAAUCUGCUGUGGCUUUGUGAGGAUGUAGCUGUUAUAAAAUGUAACAGUCACCUCUUCAGGUUCAUAGCUAAUUUCCUGCAGUCUGGGAAAGUCCUACUGCCAGAGAUGUUCAGCGAACAUGGAGAAUUGUGUGAUGAAGCCAGAACGGUGGGCAUGACUGAAUUUAUAAAGUUGCUGCAGGAACUGAGUGAUUGGGGAGACGGGAGCAGCUCGAGUGACUCAUAUUCAGAAAGCCAGGGGUGCUGUGCAGUGGAGCCGGUCUAUGUUCUCAGCUUGAGUCUGUUGGUGCAGUAUCCAGACUCCUCACUGGGUCAGCUGUGUGUGGACAGCAAUCUUAAGGGCAACAGACUCUACAUCACAGGCACUGGAGUGCUUUUCCAACAUGUCGAGAACUGGUUAGGAACAUCACGUCUACCUCUGACGACUACUGCAGAAGAGCUGCCUAGCCUAUGUGCUUAUCUGGACAGUCAAGAUGGAGUCUACUUGGCCAUCAGAGAGGCUAUGAGAGAGCUCUUCCACAGGAGGGAGACUACAGGCUACAUGAGCGUUAUGUCUUGGUCUCCUUCAGUAUCAACAUUCACCCUUUAUAAAGUUGUAAAGGUUUAUGCUGGAACUUACUGGUAUGCUACAUACUUCAAAACCAUUAUAAAGCAUCCCGAGCUUCUUGCCAAUUCCAAAAAGAGCAAAUGGAUGGUCUUUGGCGAGAGUCUACUGGUUCAAGCCGACGGCCAAAUGUUCCGGCACAUUCUUAACUUCCUGAGAUGUGGUCGCUUGCUGCUGCCCCUGGACUUCAGGGAAUGGCCUUUGCUGUUUCAGGAAAUUGAGGCGUUCCAGAUCCCUGCUCUGACCAGUGCACUGCAGAACUGUCCAGACUACAGGGCCUGGUGUAAAGCGAGGAUCCAACCAAAGAAUCUUUUCACAUCAUGCAAAGAUGAAGACAUCUUAUAUUCAAGUCUCACCAGUGAGAAGUCAUCAGAUGAAUACGAGCCUCCAUCAUUUCAGAGCGAAAGCCCAGACAACACUCUUCUUUCCAUUGAAACAUCAAGUACACACACUGAGAAUGAGGCUGUGUGUGUUUCUGUCAGUGCAUCAGGAAUAACAGAAGUGAGACCUGCUGCUACUGAGAAAAUGGAGAGAACAGAGAAAAUCUCACUGACAUCAGUCAUGUGUCACUCACCUCCGGCCACAGCAGUCACCAGCAGCUCUUGUGUCAACGAGAAGCCGAUGAUUAAAAAUAGCAGCAAGCUUCUACCAAUGAGCACAACAUUCAGUGGCAGCAAGGGCAUCUCGGAGGACUACUGGAACAGAGAAAUGGCCUUCAUAUUGCACAUGCUGCGUGAGAGCAGGCAGAACGAGGACAGUCCUCAGCUAGAGCGACUGGCUAUACUAAUGGAGACCUCGGUACUUUCAAAGUCCGAGCUCAUGCAGCACUUAUACGAACUCUCAGAUAGAGAAAAGUCAGCCCUCGGAUUAGCACUGGUCACCACCUUCUCUAACAGCUGGCAGAACUGCAAGGAACAACAGCAAAGCAGUGACACGGGCAGCACACAGAAGGAGAACACACACACCGAGGAAAGACCGCAACACUACACACACAUGCACAGACAACUCAGUCAGAAUCCCAGCAGAGAUCAGGGAGGGAGAGGGAGUGUGUUUCCCAUGACCAGUGGGUGUGUGUUAACAGUGGAACAUCCUGCAGUGCUGGGGAGAGGAGAGGCAGGGGGUUACUUUACCCACAGCGUCAUCUACACAGAUGAACAGCCUCAGCUGAUGCAGUCUGACAAGAAAAAAGGCAAUGAUGUUGCAUUUGCAUACUUCAGUAUGUCUUAUGAAGAAAUGGUAUAUGCUCGUGAGUGUCAUGCCUUUCUCACUGGCACAAUUUUAGACUCUAGAAGACUCGACCCAAACGUCUGCAUAAUCAAGCUGGUCUAUGAUCUCUGGACAGGUCACAUGGGCGCAGACAGCUUUGUGCAGGAGCUUUUGACCACAAUCAGAGUCAGACCCCAUAAAAAACUGGAAAAGCAAGAGAAGCUGUUGCAGUGGGUCAAGUUCACGCUACCACUGGCAAAGAGAUACACAGAGUGUGUAAGAGAGUUACUGAGGAAGACGUCUCUCCACACGGUCAGUCUGCUUUCACCCGACCUGCUAGAAGUCACCAUAUCAACACAAAAGGGUCAAUGACCGGUGGCCACCGAGCACCGCAGGCAGGUUUAAACGAUGGUGAGAAUCUCUUCAGAGUUCCUCGACGUGCUGACUGCUCUGCAUGAACACCGAUCCUGGAACAGGGCUGACCAUGAAAAUCUGGGGCAGCUGGAAACAAGCUAGCCAGUAGCAUCAAAAUAAAAAUGACUGUCCACAGCUCAACACAGAGAAUCCCAGCAAAGAGAAGUAAAUAAAAACUGAACGGUACACAGUCAACAAGUGUUAAGUAGAAGAAGGCACUGCUUUUGGAACGAUAAGAGGAGUACCGUUGUCUCUAUCUUUUGGUACUGAGCUAUCUCAAGGACAGUUCUUUUGCAGUCUACAGCAAAGUGGUCAACAGACAUGAGGAAAAAAAAAUGUCGAAACAGUUCACAACUGUGUUAAACUAAAAUAAUUAUUUACAGUUACUGAUAAAAGUACAGAAACUACUGUACCAGCACCUAACAACAAAACGAUAAAUACAACAUUUAAAUCAACUUACUUAAAAAAAAAAAAAAAGUAUGUAUAAGCUAUAUCAGCUCACAAGUGGCUUUUUUUUAAGUACAGUGCUAUUUUCCAGAUCUAUCAGAAGUCUGUAUGAUGAGAUGAGAUUUGCCGGAGGUUGAGUGUGAUAAUAAAUACACGCCUGUGUCCUCUUCUGUGUCAGGUGACACUGUCAUCUUCUAGAGGUGCGGCCGGACAUUAAACCUAUAAGACAUGUUAGAAUUAUUCAGUGUGCACAUGUGAUAUAUCGUAGUUCCAUAUGGUUGUAGCUGAUGAGGUGGUAGUAUAUGCAUGCAUUUGUUGUGGUCACAUGAAAGCAGAAGCAGGACUUACAUUAGCAGCUGUGGUUACACAUAGCUCUCACACUAUAGUGGAGGGACCUAGAACCUGAUCACCUUUCUGUGGGGGAGGAGACAUGGACGGGUCAUGAGCACAGGGUUAAAGACUAGUCUUAGUGGAUACAAUAAGGCUUAUUAGCUUGUUUUCAUGUCAUAAAUAUUAGUCAAAAACAAAAAUUUUCAGUCCAGGUACAUGUAGGACAAUUUUUAAGAAUACUGUGUACAUCAGAUACUUAAACAUAUUCUGCCUCACGUGGUCUGUGAUCAAAAAUGAAAAUUGCACUUAGUGUAAUUGUAUUAACCAAUCAGAAGGAAAUGGAUUUGUACUGUAUAGAUGUGUUACACAGGAAGCAUGGUACAGUGGCUGGUUAUAAACAAAGAAAAAGGUCAGGUUAAUGGAUUAGGAGCUGUGCCUGGAUAUCACUCUGUAUUCCUGAUGAAAUCUUUUAUCCUGGAAACCCAUAGCAUUAACCAUUCCUGGCUGUGCCGUAAUGUUAGCUGUGCCUUUGUCUAACUGCAUACCAACACGGCUUCCAGGAGCAUCACAUUUUACAUUUACUGUAUGCACAGUGUAUGUAAACAAGAUUAAACAGUUCUGUGUGAUUAGA